GAGGAGGUCAAGGGGUUGACGAGUGUUGCGGAACUAAUGCGUACGUAGACCAGAGCGGAAGGCGGAGUGGGCUUGCAGGCGGCACGAGAGUAGGCAGUCAGUAGCGAAUUCACAUGUCCGACCCGAAGCUAGAGGCUGCGGUGUGGGCGGAACACGGAAGUUCUACGACACGCAAGUAUAUAACCCUGCAGACGGCGCCCUGGGGCAUCUAGAUGUGUCUUUUGCCGACUAUCCUGCUACACGUGGCGCGAGCCUCUGUUGCACAUCAGAUGUGGUGUUUGUUGCGUAGGUACGAUAUGAUAUAACGCGCAAGGAUCACUGCUCUUGAGCAGCUUCUCGCCUGAUGGCCCCAUUCCAGAUGACCGAUGAGGCGUGCCAAACAUCCAAGGACCUUGACGAGGCGGCUUGGGGGGAUGCACGCGUCGCCAUGGAGGCCUACGCGAACGCCAGCGCGGAGGAGCUUGAGAUGAUGCCUGAUGCGUUAUGGUCCCGCGCCGCGGUGCCCGGCGCCUGAAGAGGCACUGCAGGGGGUGCGAGCGUGGGGUGCGAGGGAAACGGAGGGAAAGCCUGAGGGGGUGCCCAUUGCAGAGUAGUAUGUGGGGCUGAAGCCCAAGAUGUACGCCUACCGCACCGUGGCCACCGAGAAGAAUGAGAAGCAUACCGCCAAAGGUAUCAGCAAAAGCGUGGAGCUGGCAUUCAAUGACGAGUACAACUCGUUCUUGCGGGGGGCACGCGGCCUCUUCUUCCGCUCUUACCACGUGUCUUACCACCAUUAGCUGUGUACCAUCCAGCAGACCAAGUUUGGGCUGUCGCCUAUCGACACCAAGCGCUACCUACUGGAUGAGGGUGUGACCUCUCUCGCCUACGGUCACAAGGACAUUCCGUGCGGCGUGUAGAACAAGCCGGGGCUAGGGUAGUGAGGAGCGUUAUAACGUUGCUGCUACAGCCAUGGAGGCGCUACUGCAGAAGCGCCCAGAGUACCGGCUUCUUGGCAAGUCAAACUUCGUGCAGACCCUUGCACAGCAUGGCGUGUCAAAAGAUUGCGGUCGCGUGCGCAUUGUCCGCAGAUAACGCACGUAGAUGCCCCAGGGCGCCGUCCGCAGAGUUAUAUACUUGUGUGUCGUAGAACUUCCGUGUUCCGCCCACAUGGCGUGUCAACGGAUGAGGCGCGGCGUUAUGAUGAAGCGCGAGAGCUGGGCUAGAUGUACGCGCCAAACAAGCAAAAGGGUGUCUCGCCCUGUGAAUGACGAGUGUUGCGGAACUAAUGCGUACGCAGACCAGAGCGGAGGGCGGAGUGGGCUUGCAGGCGGCACGAGAGUAGGCAGUCAGUAGCGCAAGUUGCGAAUUCACAUGUUACCUCGUAACCGACGGUAAACGCUGUGGACGGGCGCGCCCAUGGCUGGUUUACGGAAGGCGGCUGCUGUAUCGGGAUGGCUGGGCUGGACGACGGCGGCCGGGCUGACGUUGCUUGGGACUACCAGAAAGGAUGCGCCCGAAACCAACCUGGAGAACACCAGCGCCACCGAUGCCCAGCACGACAUGUAUGGGAGGGAGGGAGGGACAGGAGGCGUGAUGCACUGCAGCGUAGAAGCGAUGGCGCUAGGCGCGAGGCAAGCAACGGCGACCCCAAAACAACCUGUGAUCGGACACUGAACGUUUCGUGUGCCUGGCGGCGACUGAUGUUUGCAGAUCUGUUUCUGUCGGCUUCUGCAGUGGCCGUGUUGGCCACGGCGUAGGGGGCCUGGAGCGCAUGCGUAGCGAGCGAGAGAGUUGCGCAAGACAACCACUUUCCGGCUUACAUGUUGCCGAAGGCUUUAACGUCCACUAGGACAGGUCCCUCACAUAGAACGGUCAAAGACUAUCUCGCCUAGGAUCGGAAUGAGAGACGGCUCUAGCCGCUCUCAGACGCGACCUAUGUCCUCUCUCUGAUCACCCGUACUCCGGCCUCCCAUGCAAUACACCGUGUCGGGCCAACCAACCUUAGGCACGUUCCCCUAUUCCCACACGCCAAAACCACGCCCAAAUCAUUCAGUCACACGAUAUGCACGGGCACACACCAGGUCACGACAAGGGGGAGUUGCGCAUCACCGCACCUCCCUGCUCGUUCCAGGUCGACAUCUUUGAGCUGCCACGGUACACGAAGGGCUCGUGAUGGAACAUGGCAAGGGGCAGGAAAGCGUAGUCCCGAUGUGUGUGGCUCCCACCCGUGCCCACAUAAAUGCGUAGCGAGAAGGGACAAGGCAUUGGUGCGUCGUUCGCGCGCUGUUACUGUACCGACGGUAGCUGGCAGGUUGUGUCGAUGUUUUGCUGACGCGCAUUCCUCACGCUCCGGGCGCCCGGCCAAGGCGAUAGCACCACACAGACUCAAUGCGACGCCACACCGCGCGGAUAGCAUAGCCGAUGCGCACCUGCAGGCAGUUGACCGGCGUCCACGGAUGAGCUGUGUAGACGAGCACUAGCGUAAUGCAACGGCGUGCAGCAAAACAAUGGCCGGGCGACAGUGUGACAAGCAGGGGCAAGAACAAGGCGAAGCAAAGCAGAAGAGGGGCCCGAAUGUGUACGACAAUUGUGGCGGGCAGGCCGAAUGCGGUGCAACACGCCAACAACACAACCGGAGGUGAGGAAGCGUUGCUGAUGGUGAGGAUAGGUGCUGCGACGCUCGGUAGGGGAGCUGUGGCCGCGCACUAGAUGGGAGGAAGUUUCCGAGGUGUUGUUUCCGAGGCAUUGUUUGGGGCUGAUGUUUGUGGCUGAUUAAGAAAGAAGCAGAGUUUCGGCUGUGAGCGGCUGGCGAGGAGAGGCGAGGGCUGUUGCGUUUUGGAAGGCGGGCGGAAGGCCGCACACGCCGGGAGUCGGGCAGGCUGUAGAUUUCGCUGAAGCUGCGUUUGAGAAGGGAGCCGAAGGGACAGCUGGGGUGGGACAGCUGGAAGGGACAACUGGAAGGGACGACUGGAAGGGACAGCUGGGAGGGACAUCUGGGAGGGGACAGCGGAUGUGGGACUGCUGGGGUGGGACAGCUGGGGAGAGGCACGGGACAGCUGGCAUGGGACGCUGGGUGGCUGCAGAGGCUGGCAGCGCUGGGGCUGGUACGUAGGUGGGUACUUGGGUACGCGGCUGGAUGGAGCCCGGGCUCACGAAG